AUGCGAGCUGUCUCUAUUCUUAUUGCCUUCGCGGCAUCGAUGGCAUUCGCCGUGAACGAUUGCAGCGUUGCAACUAUCCAAGCUCUCAUUGAUACUGUGGUUGACACUGAUACCACUGCAACUGUUGCCUUUGCUCAGAGAAUUGAUUCAAAUGAGACAUUGGCGACUUUCGAGACACUUGUCGGAGCCAGAAACCUCAGGUCUAACCUUACAGACACUUGUGGUGUUAGAGUCAAUGCGAAUACCACUUCGGGCUCCAACUAUGCCUUCGGUGUUUUACUACCAGAUGUUUGGUACCAGCGCAUCAUGGCGGCGGCACCUGCUGCAGGUAUCGACUGGGGCACCAUGUCAGCAGCUGCCCAGUAUCAAUACGCCAUCAUUGGUUCCAAUGGGGGCCACGAUGAGAUUGACUACGAUCCAGACUGGGUAACACCCAAUGGUCUGAUCGACUAUGGCUACCUGGCCGUACACGAAAGCACGGUACUCGGCAAGGCCCUGAUCAAGGCAUGGUACGGCAACGAGUCCGUCUAUAACUACUUCACUGGGUGUUCUGUAGGAGGUCGACACGCUUUCAAGCAGAUUGAGAUGUACCCCGAAGACUACGAUGGCGUCAUGGCCGGCUCUCCAGCGUGGUGGACGACACAUCAGCAAUUGUUCAACCUGAAGCAGACGACAUACCAGGCCCCAGCCGGUUCCGAUCAUACCAUUCCCGCCGACAUGUUUUCAGUCAUAGCAGCAGAGGUGUUGAGGCAGUGCGACCCGCAGGAUGGCAACACGGACUUGGUCAUUUCAGAUCCGUACGGCUGCAACUUUAACCCCUUGACAUUGGCGUGCGGUGCGAACAAGUCGACGCAAUGCCUCACGUCUCUCCAGCUGCAAACGCUGUACAAGAUCCAGAAUGACUGGGUUGAUGUGAACCAGACUUUUGUCUAUCCCCACGUUGCGCUUGGCAGCGAGGCCACCUGGGCAGGGCAAAUCGGCACGGGUACCGAACAGGCCAUCUCUAACCAAUACUGGUAUAUUCAAAACCUCUUGGGGCUCAAGAACUUCACCUGGGAGGACCUGGCCUACUCCACCGUCCAGCUCGCCGAUCAGCUGGACCCAGGCAACGCUACCGCAGACGACUUUGAUCUCUCCCCAUUCUACUCCCGCGGCGGCAAACUGAUCCAUUGGCAUGGCCUGUCCGAUGCGACCGUCUCGCCAGGAGCCAGUAUAUACUUUCAUGAUCACGUGGCCCAGACUGUGGGGGCUAAUGGCAUCGAUGUUGACGACUUUUACCAGCUCUACCUGGUCCCUGGUCUCGAGCACUGUGGUGGCACUCCUUCAAUCAUGAACGCGCCGUGGUACAUUGCUGGCCCGAGCCAGGCUAGUUAUUUCACCUUCAUUCCAGACAAUGUCGUCUACAACACGGUUCACGACAUGACCCUGACUCUUGCAUCAUGGGUCGAAGGUGGACGGGCACCAGAGUAUAUUGUAGCCACGGGGUUCACUGAUAAUACGAACCCGGUCGAGUUGUCACUGAAUCGACGUGUUUGCCCCUACCCGCAGCAAGCCUACUGGCUCGGUCCUGACUACGGCACCGGCAGUUAUGUGCAGGAAGAUAACUGGAACUGCUCCCUGAUUUACGGAAGCAGCUUUUCACAGUAG